CUUUUAUCACUUCAUUUGGCAUUUGCACGGAAAAUUGCUUCGCAAAGAGUGACCUUGCACUUAAAACGUUCUUUUUGCUCAAACGAAAAUAUACAAAACAAACCAAAAAAAAAACCCACGUUGCCACAAAAACCAUGUGGACAUGUGCUGUUGGUGUGGCACUCAAAUUUGGGGUAGGAUUUGAUCCGAUUCGAAAUGAAUAUCGCAUUUCUUUGGUAUAAAAGCAUUGGAAUAGUCCAAUUAAAAUCAGUACGAACUCACAGUUCAAUCAACACAAUCAAUCCAUUAUCAACUCAAAAACACUUAUCCAAACCUAAUAUGGCAUUCAAGUUUGUUGCUUUUUUCGCUUGCAUCGCUGUUGCUAGCGCCGGACUCAUUCCUGCUGCUGCUCCACUUGCUGCUGUUGCCCAACCACUCUUGGCCAGGGCUGAGCCCUAUGACCCUCUGCCACAGUACAGUUAUGGAUACGAUGUGCAAGAUGCUCUUUCCGGUGACAGCAAGAACCAAGUGGAGACUCGUGAUGGAGACGUUGUUCGUGGUCAAUACUCAUUGAACGAUGCUGAUGGUUACAGACGUAUUGUGGACUAUUCUGCCGAUUCAAUCAAUGGAUUCAAUGCUGUUGUUCGUCGUGAACCACUCGGUGUUGCUCUUAAGGCUGUUGCUGCUGCCCCAGCUCCUCUUGCCUAUGCUGCUGCUGCUCCUGCUUUGAUCAAAGCCGCCCCAGCUCCACUCGCUUAUGCUGCCGCUCCAGCUCCAUUGGCAUACGCUCACUCCCCAGCAUUGAUCAAUGCAGCUCCAGCUCCUCUUGCUUAUGCUUCCAGCCCAGCUGUAUACAGCUCAGGACCAGCGAUAGUGAAGACAAGCUUUGCGUCACCUCUCAUCUCGUACGCAUACUAAGUGCCAAAUAUUUAGUCUGAUAACUGAUAAUGGAUAAUAAAUUAAUUAACUUAAAAAAAA